AUGUCAGACUCGGAAUCGGUGGUCGUGAAGGUCGUCGCCGACGUGAUGUUGUACGAAGGGCAAAUGCAGCGAUGGGUUUCUGUGUCUUCGCCAGGCCCCAGCGACGUCUACAUCCUUCUAAACGCGGAGAAGCAGCAGUACAGAAUUGUCGGUAGAAAGGGCGACUCGGGUGAAUUGACCAUCAAUUGUGGCAUAAUUGCCAGCUUGGUUUACAACGAAGCGACGCCGAAGUUUCACCAAUGGAGAGCAAACGGACAAGUUUAUGGGAUGAACUUUGCUGACGAAGAGUACGCAAAAGAUUUUGGCAAAGAAAUGACCACGGCGUUGCAGCGAGUUAAAGGACAACUGCCCUGGCCACAAGUUAAACAAGAGCCGCCACCACCGAAGCCUCAGCCGCCGCGGCCUGCACAGCCUAGUGGUCCUCCAGCUCCAGUAAAACCUCCUGGGGGUCCACCUCCCCCUCCUGGCCCUCCUAGUGGCGGUCCACCGCCUGGGCCACCCCCUCCAGGAGGUCCACCACCAGGCCCGCCAGGUCCUGCGCCCGGGGGACCAAGAGGAACGGGAUUAUCAGCCGCUCCAGCUGGUGGAGCUGGAAGAGGAGCUCUUUUGGGUCAAAUCCAGGGCGGCUUCAAGCUGAAGAAAGUCGGCAUUCAAGAAAAAGCGGGGCCAGGAAGAGUAGUCGGAGAAGACGCCCCGGCUGCAACAAAAACAGUUCAUCAACUGCCGCCAAAACCGGCGGGCGGGCCGAUGGACUUCCGCGAGCAGUUGAAACAAAGACUCGCCGGGCAGGUUCAGUCAAACUCGACGCCCAGCAAGCCAGCACCCGUUCACUCUCAUAUAAAGAAGGAAACUAAACCUCUGCCCACAGUUCCGCCUUCGAAGCCAGUUUCGAAUCACACAAGUUCUACUUCUCAAUUCUCUGGCUCGUCGUCGACUCCCUCGGAAAACGAAAUCCGCCUGAUGAUCCGCGAAGAGUUCGAAAAGAUGAAAGUCUCGAUGCUCCAAGAAGUGCGGAACAUCAUUCGCGAAGAAAUCGCCCGUGGAAAUUACUAA